GAAUAAUUGCUCCACCACAAAACUCGGACCUUUACUACAACCGUAAAGGGGACUACAAACUAAACGUUAUGCUUGGCGUGUCACGAUUCCUUCAUAUGGAACAACAGCGAAUUGCGUGUUUAUUUUGAGAGGCAAUAUUUGCAAGGAGCGAGGAAUGCCUGGCUUUUAGGGGACGCAGGGUAUCCUUUAGAACCGUGGCUAUUGACACCUCAUAGAACUCCAGAAGAAGGCUCAAGGGAAAUGAGGUUUAACGAAGCACACUCAAAGUGCCGAAACAUUAUUGAGCGCACCAAUGGUGUACUAAAAAUCCGCCGGCGAUGUCUUCUUGGCGCAAAGGAACUGCACUAUAUACCCGAAAAAGCUGCAAAAAUUACAAAUGUGUGUUGUGCUUUGCAUAACAUAUGCAUUCAUUUCAAAGCCAAUGUUGACAUUAAACUUGAAGUGUUGGAGCCUGAAGAUGCGGAUGUAACACCAAUUUCUUCUCAGCAGUAUAGCGCAGUAGCACAGUCGAUUAGAACAAAUAUAGGAUCCGCUCUUUAAAUCAUACGCAAAGCCUGGCAAAAAACGCAGCAUUAAAGCAAGAGUUUGAAGAAUAUAAUAUUUUUUUACCAUGCCAUUGGACACUAUUUUAGUGGGAUUUGUACGCCGCUAACACAACAAUCUAGUAACAUCUGCUUCAACUAGCCGUGUCUCAACAGGGCCUACAACACGUUAUUUUUUGCAAUUCAGCAAUCAGCAACAACCAUCGUCCAGCAUAACUACCGGAACUACCACGUCAACAAUUGUUGCCACAAAAGCACUGGGAACCGAACUACUCACGUUCACAAGAGUGGAGCUAUGACUACUUCCACAUCAACAACUUUAUCGGUGAAAACUUUACCAACUGCAGCGGUAUUCCCUCGAAAACAGCAACUGCCCAGCAACAAAUGCAACAACAACAAAGCCAAAACCGAAUUCAACGCCAACCUCAGCAGCAGGGACAGUCAGAGGAACGUAAACAUUUGGUUGGCAAAAAUCCUCCUAGAUAUAUCCUCCAAGCGGGUGCCGACUGGGCAAUGGGCAUCGCUGCGGGCACCGCUGCGGUCGGACCUACGCCGCAGUGGUGAAAGUAGGCGGGGCCUAGCUAAGGCCGAGGUAUAAACUCUCCUGUCUCUUCUAGUGGCUCGCCCUAGGGGGGGUUGGGGUGGGCAUACUUAGGCUAUUUCUAGGGGGUACCUGGCGGUAGGUAUAAAACGCCCCCCUAAUCCAGGGUGUCAUGCGUCACCGUGCCUAUUGGAUGGUUUGCAGUCAGGGGGCUCUUCCGACUGUAUUUUAACGGCGCCUCCCGGAUACCUGUCCGCCUCCGGGAGUAACGGUGGACUUACCACAGCACGGGGCUCUGCUGUGGCCGACCGUUCUUUUCCCCUUCCUUUAUACACGGUCGCCGAACGGUUUCGGCUCAGUAGGCGACCAAAGAACCAAAGAACGGCGUUAUAAAUAGUCCAGAUAUAUCUUCGGUAGCCGCUGGAUUGGUCCCGAAGAUGCCUUCACGGCCAUUUAAACCAGUUAUUGAGCCCAGUGUUGGUAGGUGCAAACCCUCGGAGGGUAGCGAGCAACUGGCGACUGGGAUGUUAACGGAGCCUACACGGCCGAUGGAUCUCUCGUGCCAGGCGUCCUCAUCAAGAGCGGCAAUGAGCACACCCCUUGAGGGUAGCUCUAAAGCAGCUCCGGUUGGGGGCGUUACUGGCACCCGGGAGCCCUGCACGGGCAAUAGGAAUGCCAACCACAAACCCCCUUUGGGGUCGCAGUGGGCGAAGCAUCACACUCGUCCCAGUGGUUCAGGGACAAUUAAACGGGUACGCCCAGCAGUGAGAGCGAAGCGGGUCAGAAGAGCCGCUUCCAGGCUGCUGAAGAAAUUCGGGGACAAUCCGGUUCCCGAGAAUAUGAGGGAUGUGGUUGAGAGGGCAAAGGGCAUUCUCUCUGAAAGCCGGGAACGGACUCAGGAGAAGGGUGUCCUGAAUAACCCUGAACCCACUCCCUCAGGUUCCAGGGAACUGGCCCCCAAAAGGCAGCUAUCGGCAGAUCAUGCCGACGGCCCAUCGAAGAGGACCAAAACCUCGAGCAAGAACAGCCCGCCAAACCCUUCACGGGUCCCUCGGGCUUUCAAUGAUGUGGCCAAAGACCAUUUGGUUCUGGCUGUAAUGGACAGGGGGCACCCAGAGGGAAACCUGACAGCCGAGAAUUGGAGGACUGUCCUUGUAGGUCUCUGCCGGGUGUACAAGGAAAUUCUCCAAAGGAUUCCUGGCCCUGCUCCUGUCAUUCGCGACGCUGGCUUAUACCAAGGCCGUAUUAAAUUGGUAUCGUGCGCCGACGAAAGGUCGGCUCGGCUCUAUAAGGAGGCCAUAUCUGCGCUUGGGGAACUGUGGCCCGGCGCUGACUUAGUGGCAGUGCAUAGGGAUGAAAUCCCUUGCAGGCCGCGAGCCAGGGCAUGGGUCCCGGAGGAACCCGCUAAUCCGCAGGGACUUCUGGAGAUUAUCCAGAUCUCCAACGACACACUACCAGCCCUCGAUUGGAGCGUAGUGAAGGCCAGUGAGGUUAGGGAACAACAACGUUAUAUUACCCUGGUAAUUAACGAGGAAUCUCUCCCGAUCCUCGCUGACUGCAAUGGAGUCAUCAGCUACGGCUUUUACUCCAUCACUCUCAAAACCCAGAAAGGGAGUGAGGGUAAAAUUCCUGAGCCGGGAAGCACCGCGAGUGAACCCGAUAAUCUGCCACAUGAAGAAGGUUUUAUUUCGAGUAGGGCAGAAAACGCCUGCCAGGAGGUUCCCGUGGCCCCUCGUUUGGCGGAGGAAUCAGACUCGACAUCAGAAUCGGAAAACGAUACGCAAUCCGCUGCUGGAGACGGGGCUGAUUUCGGCCAAUGGACGAGAGAUUUCGAGAACCUGUUCCUGGCAUCGGAAACGGAGGACGCCGAUGAUACUGUUGUAGAGGUGUCCAAAGGGACCGUGCCAGGAGCUAUGGAUGGCGACAACUCCUUAGAGGCUGUGGAUGAAGGUCCUACAGAUUAA